AAGCUGGCUAUAUAAGCCUGUCCGGUACUAAUAGGUCCACCAGACUCAAACCGUCUACUAUCGACUGCAGGACAAGCAACUCGACUCCGGUUUUCGACAUGAAUAUUUCCAACCCAGGAAAAGACUUAGUGAUUUCGGCCUGCAUUAUUCUGCUCCAACUGUCGAUUUGUUGCAUCUAUCCAGCAUGUUCUUUGUCGACUGACAGCCGGAGUCUCACAUCGAAGAUACUACCCAACACCCAACGUGUCAUCCGCAACAAUCCGAGUUCGACAAAGAAUUACCCAAAGAAUGAAACAACAACGGAACCUAUCACUCCUACAAACGAAUCGUUUACACCAACGAUUGCCGACUUUCCUGCAUUGAAAAUGGACGUCGUUAACGGCGGGCUAUCCACAAGCAAAGGCCACGCUGCUUCUCCCAUAAAAAGUGGACUUCAGGAGGCCGAACAGUUCGCAUCGCCACUGAAUAUUGACACAUUCAAUUCGGAUUCGGUAGAGAAUGCAUCUCCAUCCUCUCAAACAAUUGCAGAUGACAAUAAAACGAAUUCAGACGAUAUCAAUGGUGCCCAAGUCCAAGAGGAUCCCUCCGUUGAUACUAAAAUAGAAGCAGAACCUUUCCUCACUAUCCUGGUGAAUUCACCACCUCAGAUUCAAACAGAAGCACCGGAACCUUCAUCUGUUGCACCUCCAAAGUCUGCAGAUAUUCCACAUGCCUAUCCACUUGUACGUGCCCCAUCGGCUUCAUCGCCCUACCCGAUUACUCCUCUAUCUCUUCUGCCACUUGAACCUGCCAUCCCACAUCUUUCUUCUAUACCAUCAUCAGACAAAGUCCUUGUCAGUCCUUCAGGAGAAGCUCUGAACCAUUCAGCGCUAACAUUAGAAAAUUUUCAAACGCCCGCAAAUCUUAGCGUUCUUCCACUAAACCCGACCAAAUGGACGAAAAUAGAAUUAAAUUCGUAUGCUGGCCAAGGCGCUCUCUACAAAGCGCUGCCUCCGUUCUAUGGGAUCAUCUACCCUGUCUCGCAUUCGAUUUUGCCUUAUCCGUUUAGCCAACAGAUUCAGUUCGACCAACCGAAAAAUAAGCCAAGCAAUUCUUAUGGCCCUCCACGGCCCACCUACGCUCAACACGGAAACGAUAAUUAUGACCGCCCGUUCGGACAUCCGCCAACAGCCAGGGCUUUGGGAUUCCCGCCGAUAUCCAACACUCAUGAUAACUUGCGCCGCGAAGUCAACUGGUACCGCGUCGGCCGAUCGUAUCAUUGAGCUGGCUUUGAAUAAUACGGAUUUUGGCUCAAUUUUGUUUCAUUGAAUUUUUAAUGGAUAAUCAACGAGAAUGUAUAUAUGCUGUGAGGCAUUUUGGUGUCAAGACUUUCUCAAGUCAUCCAUUGCAGUGGGCAUCCAAUAUGUAUGCGGCUUUUUGAAGUUACUUUUGCGUUUUGAAUUGUUAAGGUGAUCAAAUAGACGUACGUAUGUUUAAAACA